AUGCUGUCCGGAAUCCUCAUCUUCAACCAAAAGGGCGAGAACUUGAUCUUUCGCGCCUUUCGCAAUGACUGCCGACCUCGACUUGCCGACGUCUUUCGCAUUCAAGUCAUCUCCAACUCCCAGGUCCGCUCCCCUAUCCUGACCCUCGGCAGCACCACCUUCAGCCAUGUCAAGCACGAGAACAUCUACCUGGUCGCCAUCACCAAGAGCAACGCCAACGCCGCCCUGGUAUUUGAGUUUCUGUACCGUUUGAUUGCCCUGGGGAGGGGCUAUUUUGGCAAGUUUGACGAGGAGGCCGUCAAGAACAACUUUGUGCUUGUCUAUGAGCUGCUCGAUGGUAAUACCACCACCACUACCACCCUCGUUCUUGAAAUCAUUGACUUUGGCUACCCCCAAAACACCGAGACCGACACCCUCAAGAUGUACAUCACCACCGAAGGCGUCAAGUCGGAACGCGCCGCCGAGGACUCGGCCAAGAUCACAAUGCAGGCCACGGGCGCGCUCUCGUGGCGCAAGGCAGAUGUUAGGUACAGGAAGAACGAGGCCUUUGUCGACGUCAUCGAGGACGUCAACCUCCUCAUGUCCGCCACGGGCGCCGUCCUCCGCGCCGACGUCACCGGCCAGAUCGUCAUGCGCGCCUACCUGUCCGGCACCCCCGAGUGCAAGUUCGGCCUCAACGACCGCCUGCUCCUCGACAACGACGGCCUCCUGAGCCUGCCGAGCGGCAACCGGAUGGGCACCAAGGCCACCAAGGCCGCCGCCGGCAGCGUCACCCUCGAGGACUGCCAGUUCCACCAGUGCGUCAAGCUCGGCAAGUUCGACAGCGACCGCAUCAUCUCCUUUGUACCGCCCGACGGCGAGUUCGAGCUCAUGCGCUACCGCGCCACCGAGAACGUCAACCUGCCCUUCAAGGUCCACGCCAUCGUCAACGAGGUCGGCCGCACAAAGGUCGAGUACAGCAUCGGCAUCAAGGCCAACUUCGGCUCCAAGCUCUUCGCCACAAACGUCGUCGUCCGCAUCCCCACCCCGCUCAACACGGCCAAGAUCACCGAGCGCUGCACCCAGGGCAAGGCCAAGUACGAGCCCAGCGAGAACAACAUUGUGUGGAAGAUUGGCCGCUUCACCGGCCAGAGCGAGUUCGUCCUGAGUGCCGAGGCCAUCUUGACGAGCAUGACGAACCAGCGCGCCUGGUCCCGCCCGCCCCUGAGCCUCAACUUCAGCUUGCUCAUGUUCACGAGUUCGGGCCUGUUGGUUAGGUACCUCAAGGUGUUUGAGAAGAGCAACUACUCGAGCGUCAAGUGGGUGCGGUACAUGACAAGGGCGGGUUCCUAUGAGAUACGUUUCUAG